AUGGACAUGGGCAGUAUUUUCGAGACUUUUGUCACUGCAUCGACUUUCCGUUCUAUUCAGAAUUCUUUCUAUCAGCUGUGCAUAGCGGCUGAUAUCGAUCCAUCGGAUUCGAUCAAUGUUUAUAGGAAACUUCGACUGAUUGACGAUUGGAAAGCUCAGAAAUUAUUCAAGCUUUUAGACAAGAAAUGGGAACUUGCUGAGUACAAAAAGCAAACAGCUUGUGAACGGCUAAAUGUUUUCGUAAUUGGAGCUGUACUAGUUGAACAGCGUGAACGAUUCAGUCGGAAUAAUGUCUUGCACCUUUGGGAAUUUGUGAUCCAAGAUCUGAAAUCGCUAGGAGCCAAGAUUUUUUAUCCAAAGUUUUGCACUGGAAGCAUUGAACAUAUAACUAGUUUUCCCGAAGAAAGAAGGCAAUCAUGGCGAGUUUCUUUGUACUUUGCAAAUUUGAAAGAUGGAGUCACCGGUUUCCGCGCAUGUUUGGAACCCAAGGGUCAUAUCCUCUCUGAAUAUGAUAUUGAUGUGAUCGUCGCUGCUGAUGGUAAAAGGAAUACUAUACCGGGUAUGUUACCUACCUUCAUGAACCUCAGUCUGACCUCAUUCUCUUCCUUUUUCUUCUUCUGAUU